AUGGACCACCUCAUACUCGUUGGAGCGUGCUACGUCGACACGGUCAUGAGCGUUCCUCACUUCCCUGAAGAAGACUCAAAGUUACGAGCAUCGAGCCUGCGUGUCCGCCGGGGAGGCAACUGCCCCAACACGGUCGAAGUCCUCCAGCAGCUCAUUGCCGAGGAUCCGCCCAAGUCUCCCCCCUCGAGGCCCCUGCGAAUGCAUCUCGUCUCUCCUUUGCCGGAACGUCAAUCGCAUGCAACAGCCCAGAUCGUUGCCUCGCUCUGUCCUACAACCGGGGACGCCUCGCAGCCUAAGGACGAGGACGACGUCCCGCCGGCAGUCAGCUUCGAUCACUGUCUCUUCCGCGAGGGCCACCAGGCGCCAGCGAGCAGCUACAUCCUCCGCAGCGAGGCGGCGGGCACCCGGACCAUCGUCAACCACAAUAGUCUGCCCGAGAUGACGGCCGACGAGUUCCUGCGCGUCGCCGAGGCGUUCAAGGGCCGCGGGCGUACAUGGUGGCAUUUCGAGGGGCGGAUCCCGGAGACAACGCUCAAGUGCAUUCGCCUGCUGAGGCGGGUGCUGGACGACGUGACUAUCAGCGUCGAGGUCGAGAAACCCGGACGACCGGGGUUGAGAGAGCUCGCCGCCGAGGCGGAGGUUGUCUUCUACUCCAAAAGCUGGGCCGAGGACUGUGGGUAUACAUCCGCUGAAGCCUGCCUAAGGAGCGAGAGCCUACCGCAAGCAUCAUUGGCAAUUAGCACCUGGGGGUCCGAGGGAGCGUCGUGCCUCACCCUCAAGGAUCAACAGCUGUUUGUGUGCCCGGUGAACACGCCGGUCAUACAAGUUGUCGACUCGGUAGGUGCGGGAGAUACGUUCGUGGCAGGCAUGCUUUACGGGCUGAUAUGUCAGUCCGACACUUGGGACACGGCCGACAAGUUGGGCUACGCAGUCGAACUGGCCACGCUCAAGGUCCAGCGGGAGGGGUUCGGUGGGCUGGGAAAUGACAUGCAAAGUCGUGUUGGCGGUGGGUCGUCCGUAUCGGAUCAGGCCAGGCGCCGUUGA